UUUAUCUGUCAAUGUGCCAAGUAUGUCACAUGAAAAAAAACAAAAAGAAACGAGGUCUGGUCUCAAAACCAAUUUUACAUUCGGAAAUGAAUAGUAGGUGCCAAGUUGAUCUUAUCGAUUUUCAGACUCAACCAGAUAACCAAUUUAAGUUUAUAAUGGUUUACCAAGAUCAUUUAACAAAAUUUGUUUUGCUUCGUCCAUUGCAAAGCAAAAGAGCUGAGGAAGUUGCCUACCAACUGAAUGAUAUCUUUUUAACUUUAGGAGCCCCGUGUAUUCUACAGUCUGAUAAUGGAAGAGAAUUUGUUAAUAAAGUUAUUUCUGAAGUAACACAGUUGUGGCCAGAGUUGAAAAUUGAGCAUGGUAAACCUCGGCACAGCCAAAGUCAGGGCUCAGUUGAAAGAGCCAAUCAAGACAUCGAAAACAUGCUCGCAUCUUGGAUGGCUGAUAACAAGACAACAAAGUGGUCUGAGGGAUUACGGUAUGUACAAUUCAUGAAGAACAGAGCUUUCCAUUCUGGUAUUAAGCAAUCUCCUUAUAAAGCUAUGUUCGGCAUGGAUCCUAGAGUCGGACUUUCUACUUCAUCUCUGCCCUCUGAAAUUUUCAAAGAUAUAAACGAUGAGGAAGAUCUUAAAAAGGUUAUAAACAAUAACCUAACACCUGCAAGUGAAACAGCUGACGAUAUCUUAAUGGAAGAAGAUGAAAAUAUGGUUCAGACCCAUACCUCAACUGAAAAUAAAAUAAAAAAUUCAAGAAAAACCGCUGCUGAAGGUCUAAGAAAGCAAGCAAAAAAAAUGAAAUCACACAGUGACAAGUCACAUCCACCAGCCAAUAUUGGAGAUAACGUCAUGAUACCCAUUCCCGAUGUGGACAAGUCUAAAGUUGACCUAAGGAAUAUCAUUGGAGUUGUUAUUGAUAUCACUGAUGAGGGGCUGUACAAAAUUGGAACGAAACAUGGAAUUUCUUCAAACACUCUAUUGCAG